UUGGUAUUCACAACUUUUAUCUGUGUAAAAGACAAUAAGACAAUUGUUGUGUCGGACAUUAAAAGCAAAGGAAUAACGAAAAGAGAAAAAACUGAACACCAAGUGAAGAAGAUACAAACAAAGUUUUCUACAUCUCUUCUGUAAAGGAAAUUUUGUACAAAUGAACACGUAUACAAAAACACAGUAACAAGCAAUUACAAAGAAAUACAAAGUAGCAAUUUCUGUGUGUGUGUAUCUACAAGAGAGGAAGAAAGAGACGCACGCGCACAGAGAAAGAGACAGGGAGGGGGGAUAAGAAGCCAUUAUCAUUAUCGUGUGUUUCCUAAUUAAUUUAUAUUUUUACUCCGUGAUAGAUAAAUUUACACGCUUCAAACAAAACAUUCAUUCUUUCCAAUUCUAAGUGUUCAGAUAUACUCACACAUAUAUAUACUCAUUUUCUUAUGUACUACUGAAAGAAAAUAUCAACUGGAAUCGGAAAUCUUCUAUUACUCUCAUUUCGCUGGAACAUUCUGUCGACAAAGCUGAAAAGACGGGAUAAAAACUGGACUGUUUUCGCCGUAUCCUUCAUGAUUCUUAGUUCAAUUCAAAUUAACAAUGUCUGUUAAUCACGAUGGUUUCAAGCUAUCCUCAUUAAUACCUGAUAUCAGUUCUCAUAAUCAUGAGAAAAGCUGGACACGAUUAUAUGAUCCUGAUGUAAAAAAGACUAAAAGUGCCGCUGGUAAUCCAGUUGAUUAUUCUAUGCAUUCCCCGACGCAUGAAUAUAAAACCUCAGCGUUUACAUCGGUUACCUCAUCUGUUUUGUCAAGAUCAAAUUAUAAUUAUGGUGUAAUUCAACCUCAGAGCUAUCAGAAUGACUGCAGUAAUUCGACAGCGUCGUGUAAUUUACGAGUUAUACCUAAAUGCUUAGAUUACAAUUUGAAAUCUGGAGCUAAUGAUGAUGAGCGUCCGUUGAAACGUAAAUAUUCUAGAAGUACUUCAAAUAUUUCUGGAAAAUAUAAUGCGAAGUACGUAAGAACAAAAAUUGGUGAUAACAAUGAGUCAAAUUAUAACAAAUUGAAUGACACUGACCAAUCUACUGGCAGUGAGACAAAUAAUUAUAAUACCGAUACCACGAGUAAAUUGCUAAGUGAAACAUAUCUGUUAACAAAACAUCCUUCUCAUAAAAAUAUGAAUACAUCAGUGAGAAAAGAUACGAAAAUGGAUAAAAUGAAGACGUCAGAGUCUGUAUCUUCAUACUCAAAAUCAAACACACAGACUAAAGAACAAGAAGAAGAUGGAACAGUAAUCAAUACUUCUAGAUGUAAUACAAAUGAUAAAGAAAAAGGUACAACAGUUUCUGGUGCAGCUUAUAAAUAUUUAACUUGGCGUGAAAAAGAUCGUAGACGAAGAUUUCGUGAAGAAUGGAAACAUUUAUGGCUUGUUAUACCACAUGGGCUAUAUGAGGUGAUGUGUCUCGUCUGUCAUAAGGUAAUGACUCAAAGGAAAGUGGACACAAUCAAACGACAUACAGUCAGACGGCAUUCAGAAUUGAUUGGCCUUUCUGAAUUAGAAAGAGAACAUUUAUUCAACGAGUUGAUGAAACAAUAUAGUAUGCUGGAAGCUAAUAAUAAUUAUAAUCCAUCAUCUGAUGUACAUACUAAGAGAUCACGUAAAUCGAAUGAGAUCCAUUAUUCUACAAGGGAUAUAUGUAGCAUACCGAGCACAGAACAAUUUGAACGUCUGCCUAACACUUCUUGUUGUCUAGAUAGUCAGUCUUCAGAAAUGAACACAGUGAAAAGUUCGAGUGUAUCUAGUGAUAGUGGCAUGAAUGAAAUAUCUGCUUUCCGAUCAACAUCUUACAGAAAGAGUAAGAAUUCAUUUAACAAACCCUUUCAAAAGGUAAGCCCAACUUCCAAACCUACGACGAAUCUUUCCAAUUAUGGAAGAGAAGACUUACUGAGAAUUCCACAUGACAGUAGUACUGUUGAAAAUGUUAAAGUCUUACAAUCAAACAUAUCAACAAACACAUACAACACUCCAAACUUUAUUGUCAACUCACCUACUUUUGAGAAGUCUCCCAGAGCAAGUAAUUCUUGCUACUCAUCAGAUCAUUCAAUAUUUGAGAAUAAAUCUUACAACACAACAUUUACUUCAAAAAUAGGACCAUGUGUUCCUUCUUUUCCAACUUCACUAAUUUCACCAUUGUCACCAAUUUCUAUGGAUCCUUCAAGUACAAUGAAUUCUUCGCUUUCCCCAGGUUUUUCCUGUAUAAGUCCACAUAAUGAUAACGAAAAACAAUCCUUUGAUUUAAAAAGUGCAAUAAAUUUCCAAUCAUUUGCAUCAACACUAUUGUCACCGUCAUCUUCAUCACUAUUUUUACCCGAACUCUUAUCAACAUUCAGUAAUAUCAACAAAUUAUGUACUUCUUCUAGUUUGAAUAAAGACAAGCAUAUGUACAUGAGCGAUAAGAGUGCUAUUUAUGGUUCCCCUGAAGGGAAUAUGAAUUAUUCACCAAUUAAAACACAUGAAAACACACAGUUUAAAAAUAUAGCUGCUAAGCAAAUAAUACUGAAUAGUGAUCACAAUGUCAAUUGUGGUAAAACCAGAGAAUCAUUGUUAACUCCAAGGACAUUGAUUACAAAUCAAACCUUAGACAAUAAGAAUCAUAAUGUGAGUAUGCUACAGCCUAUUUCUUCAAAUGGAGAUAGCAGUUUUCAACACACAUCACCAUUGUCAUCAGCAUCUACAUCAACAUAUUUACAAAACAGUUUUAACUUCCUAACACCACCGCCACCACCGUUUCUGAUGAAUGCACUGACAAAAGCUUUGAUGAAUAAUGUUCCAAUGUCAAAUCAGGAAAUCGCUGACAUACUAUCACAGGGCUUUUGUAAAACCGCUUUAAAUGCUUCAUCAAAUAUAGAAAAGUCAUGUGAAUCUGAUGAACCCCUAAGCCAUGAGGUGUACAGAAACUAUUCAACCAGUUCUAAUCCAUGCAUUCAAGGAAAUAGCUCCAGUUUACAGGAGAAAGAAUCAGGCAUUAGCCCAUCAAGUUGUACUGAUCCCAAGCGUCUUCAUCGACCAACAGUUACUACUACAUCAGUUUGUCCCAAAGAUCCUAUAUGUCAAGCUAAAUCAAGUAAAAAUUUAAACAAAUUUACCAUUUCAUCUUUAUUGGAUACAGAAAGUUCUCCAACGACAAGAAAAGUUACAAAAACAAAAACAGGAAGUAGUAGUCAGGUAGCCCAUAGUAAUUCAAAGAAACACAAAACCUCUCCUAUCAGUGAUUGUAAUCACCCGCCUCCUCGACAAAAUGGUUUACAGGAGAAUUUCACAUUUGCACAAACUCCCAAGUAUCACCCAUGUGUUCUUUGUAGUUUAGAAGGAAAGAAUCCAGGUGUUUGUGAGGCGGCAGACACAAUGUUUUCAGCAGACAACUUAUGCCGAACAAGCGCCAACAUAUUUCAUCAAGACUUGUACAAUUUACAUAACGAGAAACAACAGGUUUUCAAUAAUUGUUUGGAAUUACCCAGCUCCUCUGUUAAUGCAGGAACACUAGAACACAACAGGAGUCUUUACGGGACCUGUCAUUCGAAUAAAGAUAUAUGUAAUAGCAUUUAUAAUCAUAAAGAUCAAGUGAAAUUCGACGCUUUGUCGAAUUUAAACAAUUUCAAAAACCAGGAUUUCAGUACAUUUGAAGCUUGUAUGAAAUUUUACUAUCUUGAGUUACUACGACACCAUUAUGAUAAUAUUGCAAAGGCAAAUCAUUCCACACAAUUUGGAUUAAUGUCAGAAUGUGCGCCUAUUGUUGAAAAAAAUGGAUCAACCGGUUUCACGGAUCCCUCAGAGGAUUACAAUAAAUUAUCCAAUAAAGAUUGA